AUGGAUGCCGAGUCUCAUGAGAAAAUCCGACUGGUGGGGAUGCAGCAGCGCGACCGGCCGCAGUACAUUCCAGCUCGCAGUAUUGGUAGCGAGCAGAAGCGUAUCGGUGUUAGUGGAACUAUCGCCUCGCGAGCGCGCGCGUGUGCCUGUGCGCGUGGUGACGGUGGCCCGCGACGCUGGCGUGUGUUGGUACUUGACAAUGGUGGGGGCAAGUCCGGUGGCGGAUGGAGUGGGGCGCUGGCGCGACUGUCGUCUGGUGGGGAUGUCGUCUCCAGCCCCCGUGCCACUGGUAGGGAGGACAAAAGCGGCGGAGGGAGGGUAAAGCAGGCGACGCCGACGACCACGGUGACGACGACGACGACGACGACGACCGCCGCCACCGCGUCGAGAGUAGGAGGAGGCGGUGGCGGAGGUGGCGAUGCGAGUGGUAGUGGUGGGGCCGCGUUGAUCGGUGGGGGAAGUUACGGUGGGGACAGAAACGGUGGAAGUGGGGGCGGCGGCGGUGGUGGUGGCAGUGUUGGUGGUGGAGGCGAUGUCGCGGAGAAGGAGGAGAGGCCACCGGCUUCAGAGAGUGUCGAGCCGACGGCCGCGUUUGACGUAGCAUCCCUCGUACUCUACGGCUCGCGCGCACUACCGAUCCGCCUUAAGAUCUUGCUCGAUCAGUUGUUCAACCAGUUGCAGCACGCGCAAGUGACACGUUUACUAGCCGCUUUCGGCUGGACGUACGAGGAUUACACGCGGGGAUACAUACUGCAG